CUAGGAUAUAAUAUGCCGUAUUAAAUGACAUAACGCAAUUCGGAUAUUCGAAGGUAAUAAACAAAAUGAAGGACAAGCCCCGAAAAAUCGUUUAAAGGGAAUAAUUAAGAAACGUUUCAGUAGGGCUAAACUUCAGGAGAAGUGGACUGGCCAUGGAUGGCGGCUUGUUGUCACUGAAGUGGAACAACCACCGCUCCACGUUCUUCUAUGUUCUCUCCACUGUUAGAAGAAAGGAGUCCUAUUGUGAUGUUACCUUAGCCUGUGAUGGGAAAUUUUAUCCAGUACACAAACUGGUUUUGUCAACAUGUAGUGAUUAUUUUGAACAAAUGUUUGAAAAGACAAACUGUAAACACCCAAUAAUAGUGUUAAAAGAUAUUAGACAUGAGGACCUUGAAGCUCUUUUGAACUACAUGUAUGUUGGUGAAGUGAAUGUGUUACAGACAGACUUAUCAGGACUUAUCAAAGCUGCUGAGUGCCUAAGGAUAAAGGGAUUGGCUGUCCCUGAUGAAGCCCCUAGUGAACGUGACACCAGCCAGGAUGGCAAAAGAAAUGUGCCAUGGUCCAGUGAAGGACCCGAUGCUAAACGUAGAAAACCUGAGGAGCCCGUGUUGCAGAAACCCAGUCAAAACACAGUAGAGAAAUUAGGAAGGGAGCUUCCCCCAAGACCUCAAUUAAGCUUUCGAGAACCAUUCAGAGAACCACAGAGAUCCCGAGAGCCUCUUCGCCUCCGCUCAAGUCCCAGCCCAAUUCUAUUUCCUUCCAGUCCAGAUACUCAGUUGCCAAGUGCCACAGGCCCAACCUCAUCACCGGAUGUUUCUCACGCGACAACCCACGAACCAGCUCCAAGUGCUCAAGCAGACUCUGCCCCGCCUCCCUCCAAUUCAGACAAUGAAAUCAGCGGUGCAGGAGAGUCUGAGUUGAUAAUGGAUGAACCCCUAGUCAAAGAAGAACCACACGAUGAUUACUCUGAAGCAGACGAAACCAAAGAAUCCAUUAAGUCAACAGACUCUGAAGCUGGCCUGAGUUACCCCGUUCAUAGUGAGCACUCUGGGAGUAUAGGGAGAGAGGUUGGGGGUGCAGGCUUCAAUCCCCAGAGCCUGCGGUCCUCCAGCCAACCUCAGACGAUGGAGGAUCUUGUGGCUCAGGCUCUUCCAGGAGCAUCUGGUCUACAAGGGAAAACUUGGGAAGGAGACCGAAAUUUACUUGGAAUACCGUUUGAAGGAUUUUCAGGAAACCAGGGUUCUCAAAUGAUUUCUCCUGAUGGUUUGGGCGAUCAGGGGCCAGUAGGCCAUCUGGGACAACAGUUCAUCCAUUCAACCACACCAGUAAAGAAUCAUGCUUGUACAUACUGUCAGAAGAAAUUCAAUUGCCGGCACAAGCUGGAAGCCCAUAUGAGGACACAUACAGGAGAGAAGCCAUUUGCCUGUCAUUUCUGUUCAUAUCGCAGUGCACAGAAAGGUAAUCUACAGCUACACAUCAGGACUCAUACAGGGGAGGAGCCUUUUGCUUGUGUCCACUGCCCAUACCGCACAAAAAACCAGAGCAACCUCAAUACCCACCUUCGGAAUAAGCACCAAAAUAUAAAAAAUCAGAUGUUAGGAUUUAGAGACUAGAAUGUGUCUGAUAUUUCUCAAGUCCUCCAGUAUAAUGGAAGAAAACAUAUUAUUGACUUGUGGCUUAUGAAUAUUAUAUACAUCUCUUUUCAUAUCUUUUAUAUUUCAUAUUUAUUUCAUUUGUUAGUGAGAGUGAGUGCAUGCCCACUCUUUUCUAUAAGCAAACAUCGGUAAUUAUGAUAUUUGCAGAGACAAUUAACUCCUUCUUAACCAAGGUUAAUUUCUUAUCCUUGAUUACCUUAAUUAUAUACACUUUAUAGAGACUAAGAAGAUUGUGUAAGUAGCUGCAUAUACUUGUUUUCAUGGUUUCACUGCCCGUUAUUACAGCCUUUAACUUCCAGCCAUAGAAUAGGCAACACCUUAUUUCUGAGUCAGACAUAGCAUUUGCUUUUGGCUUAUAGUAGGCUGUACAUUCCUCUAGCUUCAUCAGCUCUACCAAUCAUUUCAUAGAUUUUAUAGUUGUCUCUGCCACCCACUCUCAACUCAAAAGGGACUUUGCCUUCAUAAGAAACUCUCUGUUGAAUGUAACCCCCAAAAAAUUUUAUAUAGUGAGACAUCAUUCUCAAAACCUUGUUAGUAGUUCCAGCUUUAGCAAUCCUUUUACUAGUCUCUUUAUUGUUUAGUGAUGACUCAAAAGUGACUCUUUGCGAGAGGUCUUCAUAAGGGUGUGACCUCUAAGUGCAAACAAACAUUGUUAUAAUGACAAAACUCUUUCCAAACCUUGUUAUAAUGACAAACCCCUUUUAAACUGUAUACCCUCUGAACUACCAACUCAUAUCUUGGUGCAUGUAACUCAAAGGGUGCAUCUUGGUAAAAGAAGGGGUUAAUAAUCCAACUGGUUCAGUAAUAUUAAAAAUUAUCUAUAUAGAUUCUGCAAUUUAAAAAAUGUGAGUAGACUAUUUACCAGUAAUCAAACGCAAACAUUUAUGCCAGGGGUUCCCAACCCAGGGGCUAUGGCCCCCAGGGGUGCCACAGGGUAUUUUCUAAGGGGCCAUGGAUCAAUAUAAAAAUUUAGACAUGAAAUUAAACUGAAUUUUUAUGCACCUAAAUUUCCUACAUCUCUCACAUAUCAAUAAAUUGGAACCUUUCUAUGAAGUGUUCUAUUCAUAACUAGCAAUAAAGGAAUCUGAAAAGCUGAGUCACUGAACGGUGGCCAUAGAAUGAAAAAGGUUGGGAACCUCUGAUCUAUGCCAUGUUGUAAAAUAUCAAAUAGACUAUCUUGUCUUAAGUUUAUUGGAGAGGCCAAGGUUAGAUUAAUAAGGAGUCUAAGCCUUGAGUGGAAGGAGAGUCAAACUCCAAGGUGCAGAGUAGUCUGUCUAUUUUUCGGCAAGAAUGUGGUAUAAAUACAAUUUGGGAGAUGUGGGGUCCGCAGACGAUUAUGCUGAUUGGCCAAACGGAUGCAUCCCACUCUCCCACAUUACGGUGAAUCAGCUCUGACCUCACUGACAGCAUCGCAUUGCUGGUGCAGAGGUAAUUAUGCUGAGAGAGGUUGUGCUGGUGUUGAGUGAAGCGAUUGUGGUGUCUGCCACAAGUUUAAUAAUUAUAUGAAACUAUACAGUAUUAAUGUAGCUACUAGUAAAAUAUGUAUUAUAGUGUAUAAAUUAUGAAGCCAGACCUCAAAUAAGUAGUACAGUUCUAUACUGCUAAAUGCCUGAUUACAUGAACUACGGGUAUGGUUAUGUUGAACCUGUGGGAUGCAGAAACUCCUAGUAUUCAUAAACAAUAUCCAUAAUCACAAAUUUUGCUUCUAGAUAGCAUAGGAGUACUUGCAAAUGUUAGUAUUGUAAUAAGAGUUGAUUUUUUUUUACUUCAUAUCAGACAUGAAUAUACCUCUUACUCUUACACACACACACA